AUUGGGUUGAAAAUUGAAACUUGAAGCUGCAUAUAGGCUGACUGGGUGACAAGCACACACUGCUAAGUAUUAUUUAUUAUUGAGUGAUAUUAAAAUUUUUAAAUAUCAUUGAAUAAUAUUUCGUUCAGUAACCAACUCUGCUAAACUAUUCCAGCAAUAUGUCAGGACGUGAAGGAGGAAAAAAGAAGCCUUUAAAAAACCCGAAGAAAGAAUCUAAAGAAAUAGAUGAAGAUGACUUGAAAAUGAAACAAAAAUUAAAAGAACAACAAAAAGCAUUGAAUGAUCUUAAGACAAAAGCCGCACAAAAAGGACCAAUGGUCAGUGGCGGAAUCAAGAAAUCGGGCAAAAAAUAAUGUACAAACCAUGUAAUUAAGAAAAAAAAAAUAAGAUCCUAUGUAAAUUACAAAUCCUCCUGUAUGAUGAUUUCAAAUUAAAAUACAAUAUUGUGUUAUUUACAAUAAUAA